AUGAUCGAUAAUCAGAUAAUAUUAAGAAUACAAAAUUAUAAGAAUAAUACAAAGGGAUACUCAUUUGAAGAAUUAAAAUAAUUGCCUAAUUUUGGUAUCAUAACUUAAAAAAAUAAAAUAUAUUUUGGUUAAGUAUUUAAUGGUCUAAAACAUGGGAAAGGAGUAUUAUUGAUGGAAUAGGAUCAUGUUUAUGAGGGAGAAUUCAAUAAUAACCGUAAACAUGGUCAAGGUUAGGAGGUUUUUCCAUCUAAAUCAUAUUAUUAAGGACUUUAUGUUAAUGGCAAACCAGAAGGUUUUGGAAAAUUUACAUGGUCAAAUGGAGAAUAUUAUGAAGGGGAAUGGUUCAAUGGUAAUAAACAUGGAUAAGGUACUUGGAUGGGUUUAAAAGGUGAUAUGUAUACUGGUUAAUGGGUUGAUGGUAAACCUAAUGGUAAAGGUUAACAUAAAUGGAUUAAUGGAGAUUAAUACUAAGGAGAGUUUAAAGAUAGUCUUAAGCACGGUUUUGGUGAAGAACUAUUCGCAAAUGGAGAUAAAUAUAUUGGAAUGUAUUAAAAUGGAAAACCAGAAGGUAAUGGAGAGUAUUUUUAUUCAAGUGGAGCUUAUUUUCAUGGGAAAUUUAAAAAUGGUCUUAAAACUGGAUAUGGAGAAUAUAGAUGUUCAACAUACUCUUAUAAAGGAUAUUAUAUGAAUGACAAAAAACAUGGAGAAGGCGAAUUAAUAUAUUCAGAUGGUAUCAGAAAAAAAGGUAAGUUCUUUAACGAUUUCUAUGAAAAAAAAGUUCCAAGAUAAUCCAGUGUUCCAAAUAAUACUUAACCCAAUAAUACUCCUCCUAGAAAUUAUUAGGAAUUAAUGAGGGCCUGCCUUAAACCACCUUCUUAUUUAUCCUCAACUAAACCUAAUACUUAAAAAUAAUAACCGUCACCUCUUAACAAAACUGUUAUUAUUUAACGAAAUCCUCUAGAUAUCUAUUGCCCUGAAAAACCUUAUAAAAAUCUAUAAAUCUAAACUGGCAGGCAAAAUUCUAAAAGAGAGUUCUAAGAAAGGGAUAUCAAUCUUAAAAUAUAAGAUAAAAUCAUUAUAUAAAAAAAAAAUUCAACUAAUGUACCAAGUAAUAAGUCUUCACCAUAAAACCAACCAAAUUAAUAGACAAUCUAUAAAUAAUCCACUCGCUAACCUUAAGCAUUUUCAUUCAGAUUUGAUACUACAAAAACAAGUUUUAUUACCAGAACAGGGCUAAAAGGAAAAUAAAAUUUUAAAUAUCAAAGUUGUUCAAGAUAUGAUUGA